AUGUCGGUUGGCAUUUAUGGAGCAUUUGGCGAAUCUCGUUUGCACGUCUACGGCACAACCCGCACCCUUAACAUUAUCUACUUCGAUGGCCAGUCGGCGACUUUAUCUCCCGUCGGAACUCUCGAUUCGCAGAUGGCGCUUCUGCAGGGAAAUGUACCCAAGUCCCCAUCUUAUGGCCUUACAUACGACGAUGAUCAGAGGGCACUUGAACUAUGCGAGCUCGUUGCUGAACUCGGAAUUGAUGGUGUAGUCCGCAUGAACGCUGGAUUUGAGGUACUCGUCUGUGACUAUGAGGCCGCCAAGGUUGAGGAGAUAUUCGUCACCAAUAUUACAGUGCCCGGAAACAAGGAGAAUGAGAACGAUGAUUCACUUCCUCAGGAUCCCAACCGGCAGCCUCCUCGCGGUUUCGGCAAUAUCUUCUCGGAGCAAGGCUCAUAUGAGUGGCUUCGAAGUGCCACUUGGCACUACGGAACCUACGGUGGGGGAGGUCCCUCAGAGAGGAGAGUCAAGCUCGACGUCUGCCGCCUAAUAUCCUUUUAUGACCCUGAUCUCUCCAGUCUAGCUCACUCCCACCAUUCAGGUAUCGUCGGGAAUCAGACCUACCAGAAUGGAUGGGGCCUACGUCGAGGCCAUCGAUUGACUGAAAUUGACACCCACGAUGUUGAACUCGCUCGAUCGUGGUUAAGGGAGAUAACUCUGCCUAAUCCUAGAAACACAGAAUGUUCCGGUGUAGACUGGAACUCACUCUUCACAGUUGUUCGCGCUGAACAUGGGACGCGUGCCAAAGAGAUCGGGGCAUCAUUCCUCUGGGACCACAGCUCUGAAAGGGUUGCGGUGGAGAUAGUUACCAAGGUUCAUGAACUGACUCACGCGAUUCUUGCUCCAUACCUGGAGUAUCAAGUUUCCGACCAGACUACCACGACGAAGGAGCAGACUAUUUCUCGGUGCACAUCAGUAUACACGAAGUUGAUUAAACCAAAAAGUCUGGCAAGGUCUGAGAAGUUAUUGUUUAAGUCAUUUGAGGUUGUCAUGAAGAAGCUGUGUCAAUGGGAGUGGUCCCUUUUCGAAUGGAGUGAAAGACGCACAACAAACUUCCUUAGUAGCCAACAAGACUUUGGCGCCGAUUCUCUUCAUGAUGAGAUUCUUCAGCAAAGAAAAUCCGCACAAGAUUUACUCGGGUGGAUUGGAUGGGACACGUGGACUCAAUGCGAUCGUCAGUGCGCAUUAAAUGAGCUCUGUACGAUUCCAACCUGGCCUGUUGUAUAUGCGCCAGGUCUCCCACAGGGAGGUAUCUACGCAGGAAAUAGUUCCAAGCUGAGCGAAGAGGAAACGCGCGAGUUUUGGCGGCCAAAGUGCAUUAACAGGACCGAAUUCGACCGUGGUGGAGGUCGCGGGAGAGAGCCUGAAUAUCAGUUUCCUGAUCUACCACCCUACAUCUAA